GGCAGUGUGUCCGUCACCCGAAGCAUUGUGAAUUAAUUGUCUGAUUACCUCGAUGCUAGCCACGGCUAUCUUUCAAAAUAAUACCUCAGCGAGGCACUGUCCGACAGGUGACCUAUUCAAUACAAAAAUGGUAGCCUGAUUCGGAAAUAAAAUGUAUCUGUGUCUGGUGAAUAUGUCAACAUAAGUAGACCUUCGCCGACGGAGAUGGUUGGCUUUUUUUCUCUGCUCCUGUGACAAGAUCGGGACUGCUGACACAUCAUCACGAACUCGAGACUGUAACGUUGACUGAAUCUGAGCGCAAAAGGCAUCGGAAACAAGACCAAUUAUUCGGUUUCUGGCGAGUAUACGCACUGAUGAGCAUGACAAAUCACUGGCAGCGCUUUCCCGCUGUUCUGCGGAUAGUCACCAUGCUUAUUGCAAUGUAUGUGGCGGAAAGUGUGGAAGUCGCUAGCCAAGGCGCACCACUGGCGAUCCUGGGCGAUCAUGCUUAUGGAAGUCGCCUGGUUCGCUAUCCGGAGAGAGCACAUCCGACUCGAUGCGAUCAGAGCAACAGAAUCGGUGGUCCAAACAUCAAGGACCCUGAAGAAGACAACGCUAUUGCACCAUUAUUCCCUGAUGCCGCCAAGGUCUGUCUCAAUGCAUCCAGUGGCAACGCAAACAAGCGCAGUGCUGCGUCCAGCUCUCUAUGCGUGGAGCUUUGCAAGCUGGACUGCCUGACAUUCUUUGCACAGGGCAAGAUCUGGCUGCCGUGUCUGCUGCAGGGAUGCCCCGGUGAUAUCCUGACCGAUCGUCCUCCACCCAGCCUGGACCAUGCUAUCGUCACCUCUGGAACAAUCACAGUCCCUUUAGACCGUGACAGCUCCAUGCCGUCGUCCAAAAACUCUAUGACAUCAUCGACGGAUGCCAUGAUGUCAUCGACAGCCGAUGAUUCCCCAAGACAUACUAAUAUACAGACUUCAGCCAAUUCAAGUUUUCUGAUUGAUGUCAAAUCAUUGCUGUUGAGCUUGGGAGGAGAGUACUCACCUCGGCAGUUCAUUGCUGAUGUUACAGUGCACCAAGUGUAUGGCAGUGUAGAGUGCUACAGGAAACGGCCAGCUGUGGUGAGCAGAUCAUGGCCAUCGCAGUAUCCUGGUCAGGAGUGGAGAGACAAAGCCCCUGGACUUGCAGCUGACGCUGCCAGUACGAACCCUGCUGCUGAGCACGACGAUCGUGAACUCGGGCAAGGCAACGGGGGACGUGUGCGUGUCCGCACUGUGGAUCAAACCUCGCCUAAUUCCCAGAGCAACCCGCCGACAGAAUCGGAUCUUGCCACCGUGCAAGGAGUAUUGCCGUUCGGAGCUUUACCGCAGCGGCCGGGCACCGCUAAGCUGCUUCAUGGAUGGCUGCAACGGCAGUCGCGUUCGUCUGGACAAACGAACGGCUCAAAAGCAACCUUACAUUGUGUUCCCGUGUCACGCACGCCCUGUGAGUGUUGGCAUUGA